AUGACGGUUACUAUACUAAUCUUCGUCGCUGCAAUGAUCUCAGCUGAGGUGGUAGCUGAUUCUAGCGUCGACAACGUUUACAACUCAUGCUACAUGGAUACGGAUGAUCCAGAUCGACUAACUAAGAAUGAAAUGCCUAGAUCAUUAGAUUUACCCCAAUGGUGUAUGGUAAUGCGACAUGACGUUGCUGCUUGUAUCUCACGAAAACUACAUAUAGAAGAUGAUGGAAGCGCAGCUUCACGUGGAAACGUUCUACUCACAAUUUAUGAACGGACGAAAAAUUCGACAAUUUUGAAACAUGUCAAAUUAUAUCAUUAUGGUUGCGUAUACAACAACUGGUACAAUUUUAUCGAAGACGACUCUUGCUAUCAAACCAUGUUGUCAGAUUGUGUAUUGGGUAGCAGCUCCUGUUACUAUGUCCCUUGUGAACAAACAAAAGGAAGGACCUAUAAGACGCUAGCGAAGUCUCAUGAACUAGUGGACUCCGGUGCUAUACAACGAAACGAUCUAAUUGUUGGUAUACUAAUAAUAAGUAUGUAUCCUAAAGAUUAUAUAUAA